AUGUCCUCAUUCAACUGGCAGAAACCGGAUGGCCACUGUACAUCUAUGAAGUACGCCGACCAGUCUGUCGGUUUUGUGGAACCAGCUGCGUUCGUCACUCCGCAGCAUUGGCAAUAUGGAGAAGAUGUAAAAGAGGGGAUUCUAGAGAGCAUAAAUGGCUUCGGUCAUAUCGCGCCGGUAGUCCACGGUUCCGAGGAAGAAGAGGGGCUAGGACACGAUACCUUUGGCGACGGUGAAUACGGUGAAAUCGAGAUCACGAUCAAGUUCCGAGGGAGGACAGGGUCUUCUACGACAAGUAGGAAGCUGCGGUUAACAUCAAACCCAAACUCAAGUAUUCCGACCGUGCUGAAGUUAGAACAACCGACGGACGAUUUCCCACAGUGUCAUAGGAUAUACUCGGCUAGGGAAAAUAGGGGUGUUUGCAUUGUGGAUGUGGAUACUGGUUGUGCAUGCAACGAAUUUUCACCAUCAAUACUUCGAGAAUUACUACAGCAAACAAUAACUCCGACUGGACUUUCCAUCGAUCCAUCUUUCGAUCAUAGAUUCGAUUAUGCAGUAUCCGACUUCCCGUCUGACGAGAAUAUCAUCCGGGAAUCCAGAAAGGCUUCUAUCUCUUCAGGAAAGAAAAGACUAUUGAGCAAUGCUUCGGAGGACCACUCGCAGAUACUCCAACCCAAUAAGAAGAAUCCACGAUUAGCAGCGCCUAUCGAAGGUACCGAUGAAAACGAUGGCGAGGAUAAUGGGGAACGACAUACUUGUCCGUACUUUAAAAUGUACCCGGAGAAACAUCUGGAGUGCGGAACAAAGGAUCUUGCUCAGCGACCGAAAAUAAAGUCACACAUAAUUAAAGAUCAUCUGAAAAAGACUAACACACCUAUACCGCCGGAGAUCAAGAGCCAGAAAUGUGAGCCUUGGGAUCGGUGGUGCAAAUGGAUCGUACAGAACUCUUCCAAAUCUGACCGUCCAGUUCCGAAUUCGACACCGGACUUUUACCCCAUUCUCAACUAUAUUGUCGCCGCUGCUAGCGAGAUCCCUAGUGACGGGCUAACCUGCUUCUCCAGUGUGAUACUGAGGUUAUUUAAGGCUGUCCAAACUAGCCCCAACGACUGGGUUUCGUUUAUAACAGGGCUGGAGGAACUGGAACGAUCCCUCAAUGUCACAAGUCCGAUCCUGGGCGCUAUAGCUCCUCGUCGAACAAACCCGGCUCCAAAGGAGGAGGAUGACGACGAAAAGCUAGCCAUCACCCUUGAGGCCGAUGAACCAACUUCCAAUUGCGAUGUCGACGAUCUAAAUCUCAAACUUGACACCUCUUUACCUUCCAACUGUAGUGACCUGUCACUCACACAUUAUCCAACAUCGGCCACUUCAACAACCGCCGACUCGCUACCUCACCCAUCUUCCGCUUAUACAUUAGCACAGCAUCAUCCAACAGCAUUCUCAAACAUACCUGAGCAUACAACCAUGGCAAUUGAUGAUUUCGCGAACUCGAACCCUCACAUAUACUCUAAUUCGGAUCUCGAUUCGCUCUCAAUGUAUUUUAAUUUUGGAAUGGCUGAUGCCAACCUCCAAGAUCCAUCUCCGGCUCUUGUUCAAGAAUUUUACGAACAUCAAGCUCCGCCGCCUCCGCCGCCGCAACCUCAACAGGAGACUGUUGAGCCUCCUCCCAUGGAUCAUUUGCCGAUCCCACCAGGCAUAGGAACCAACUCGAAGAGCCUAGUACGCGCGGCCGCACCACCCCGUGUGCGGAAGAGGAAGCACGCGGCUCCUCGACCUCAUCGUCCAGAAGGAGCGUUCCUGGGCGGUAGUGGCCCUGCACCGCAUACCCACUCGGUCAAGGUCUCUUCGCCAAGUCGAGUAGAAAUAUACGAAUUUGAAGGACAGUUUUCGGUUUCAAACUUUUUGGAAUGGUUACAGAGCAAAUUCGAUUGGCAAUUCGGUGCUUCGGAUGGAAGAAAGCUCCACUGCAGGGACGUGCGGGAGGAUAUUGUCAUUGACGCCACCGAUGCGAUCGUAGCUCAUCUCGGGUCUUGGGCAACCAAGGGCGUUUUUGUACAAAUGCCCGAGUUCUGGCUCCAUACUGACUCCCCGCGUACACUUGGUAUGGAUAAAUAUUCUAUGUUUACACCCGCUCUCGUCGAGAGGAUCCAGGACGGCGGUUUCGAGAUGGAAAACAUGUCGCUUCUACUCAAUACACGCCCAGGAAGCAGCAGUUACCGCUAA